AUGUCUCUUUCAGAAGAAACACAAAUAGCGUUUGCCUAUUUGGCGCCUAUUGUCAUUUUCGCGGUGGCUAGGCAGCUCUACUUAUACAUUUCCUCCUCACACUCUUCCAGAAAGCCAUGGCGACGUUUUCAACUGUUCGAAUUUGUUCGGCGGAUCGUAACCUAUCACAUUCGUGGCGCAGAACUGAUUGAGGAAGGAUACCAAAAGAGCAAUGGCCGCCCGUACCGUAUCCGUACACUCAGGAACAACCUUGUUAUAGUGUCCUCAGAUGAACACACUGAAGAGCUCGCGUCUGUGCCAGAUACCAUUCUCUCGCUGCACGCAGUUGCAAAGGAUAUGUUCGAGCCCCAACAUACCAUGUACGGAUUCAAGGUUCACGACAAAUCUCCAUUGAACGGGAGCAUGCAUUCGCGAGUCCUGCGUACGCUUUUGACAUCCAAGAUCCCGUAUUUGCUUCCGGGGUUGCGGGACCUGUCACUGAAGUGUUUUCGGCAGCAGAUAGCACUUCAUGGGAAGUCCAGCCCAAGCAAGCCCGGUUUUCAAAAUAUUCCAACAUUCGAGGUGUCGAGGAGACUUGUCUCUCAGAUCAACAGUUAUUGUUUCGUUGGGCCAGAACUAGCUCAGAACGAAGAGUUUGUCACGGCGGCUGGGGACUUCGCACAAGAAGUUAUGGUAACUGGCGAGAUACUUCAAUUCUUCCCACGUGCCCUUGCACCUAUAAUUGCCUCUCUGAGCACAAAUUUCAAGCGGUCGGAGCGGAUCCUCGUAUCCUACCUCCGCACCACCAUCCUCGAACGGAUCCGGAUAUGCGAGGAUAACAUCCCGCACGCCCAACGCCCUGUUGAUUGCAUACAAUGGAUAGUCGAAACCAUGAUCCGUAAAUCUGAUUAUAACGUCGACCACAUUAUUCAAGAGUUCCUCGCCCUGUGGUUCGGCUCCGUUCAUCAAGUUUCGAUGUCCUUGGUAUACGCCCUGUACCACCUGAUCGACAACCCCACUCAAAUUGGCCUUCUCCGAGAGGAAAUGUCCUCAGUGGAUGAUUGGACAACAUCUCUAUCCAGCCUUCCCAACCUAGACAGACUUCUCGUCGAGUCUGCGAAACUACAUCCAUCGGACAGCAUCUCGAUGCGCCGAAAGGCGCUUCAAACGUACCGCUUCCGUGAUGGCACUGUGGUGAACAAGGGGGACUGGGUUUGCGUUCCGUUGCGACGUUUUCCUGCGAAAAUUUCUUCACAUGCCAUUCCAUCCCAUCAAUCAAGUGAAUCAUCUGGGAAGACAGACGGUGGGUUGAAUACAUCCUUCACGAAUUUAGGAGCAGACUUCCCUCUCUGGGGAAUGGGGAAGCAUGCUUGUCCAGGAAGAUUCUACGCUUCCAGUAUACUGAAACUUCUUGUGGGAAAUAUCAUUAUGAACUUCGACAUCGACAUCGAUGCGGUUUACAUGGAAGAGAAAAGGAGGACAUUCAUCUGGCGUACAGCUGUCGUGCCCAGGGCCUCCAUUCAUUUGGGAGUGCGGCGGAGAGAUAUGGAGGAAGGGGAAGUGAAGUCGCGUUGAUAUGUAGGAUUAAGAUUCUGUGUAUUGCAUGGUGUACAUUUCAUGUUCUUUUCCAAUCUCCUUGUGGUAAAUAGAGGGAAGGAGGCUUCAUUUAUGAUGAG